GUACCGUGGAUGAGAAAGAGAGGAGGGUUGUCACUGCAUGCAGAGCGAGCCUGCAAAAUCCCUGAGGCGUCCACGGUAGUUUCUCAUAAUUCGCGCAGCGCUGUGUGAGCGGCGGGAUCGCCUUUGAGCGUGGUUGAUGGAUUGAAGCAAGACACGGAGAGAUUCCACUUUCAACACCCUGUUCUUUGCAACCACAGGUAGACGCGGAGAUAGAGAGGGGGAGGGCCAGCGAGAGGGAGAGAAAGUGGCAAGGGAGGAGGUCAUGGGGAGCCCGAACAAGAUAGCGUCCAUGGUGGGGAAGAUCAAGGGAAACCUCCCCGCUUCUUUGCAGCCGUGGGCACUCAGCUUGAUGUUCAACUCGCAGGUGAAACUGGCCGGCACUGCGGGCGUGCGGGUGGAGGAGCUCACGCCCCACCGAUCCGUCGUGAAAGUUGCCAACGUCCGACGAGUGCAGAACCAUAUCGGGAGCGUGCACGCGUGCGGCAUGGCUCUCGCCGCGGAAUCAGCCACGGGAAUCCUGGUCGGCAUGAGCGUGCCCGACAGCCGGCUGCCCUUGUGCAAGAGCAUGGCGAUCGAUUUCACAAGGCUGUCGCAAGGCGACGUAACGGCCGUGGCGGAGCUAAGCGAAGAGCAGCUCGCCAGCCUUCGAGACCAGGAGAAGGGGGAGGCGAAUGUACAGGUGACGGUUACAGAUGAAUCCGGGAAAGAGCCUAUCCGAGCGGAAUUCGUGUGGGCCUGGGUCCCCAAGCGACGGAAAUAAAUAGUUAGUAGUAAAAGAGAGCCAGAGAAAGGGUUGUGAAUAGAAAAAUGUUGAAUAGUCGGUGGAAACGGCCACGCUGUGUGGGUACUAAGGAUAGCGAGAAUGGUGUAUGGAAACAGCAAUGAGAUUCGUUCUGGGCGUUGCUUUGUUUGCCAGAGGGCGCCCGGGGGGGGUGGGGGGUGGGGUGGGGUUGGGGGGGUCCCCUUCCUCUGAGCCGCGUUAGGCAAUUGUUUGCUGGAAGUUGGGAACGUUCCUGAGAUGGACGGCUUGGGCUGCUUGUCGUACCGAGUGUCGUCGUCGACGUUGUUGCUGUUGUUGUUGUUGUUGUCUUUUGGCCAAUAAAAGCCACUCAGGUCUUUCCUCAUGUCCGUGCCGAGCGGGUGGUCCAACUUACCCGUGUAAAAGGCGAAGAAACCGGUGAUCGUUGUGGCAUUCCCUCGUGCUGCUCAAGUACCAGGCUACCGCGUGCAAAAGUAGCGCAAACCUUGCGCAUAUGUUCGCGUUGUUUUGGAAGUCGGCUGGUAGGUACGAAUCACGUGUAGAGGUGGACGCCAAUGCCGCGGCAGUUGUCAUCGACGGCAAGCGUCUGGGGCACACGGGGCGCAACCCUCGCUGCCACCGCCGUCGGCACCGCCCCUGCCUUCGCCUCCACUCCUCCCUCUGCCCCCUUUUCUGCCUAGAUCCACGAAUUGGAUACC